CUCCUCCCCUCCCCUCCCCCCCCCCUCCUUGUUAUCUCUCUGUUCCCCCUCCUGUUCGAGCGAGCGAGCGAGCAGCAGAUAGAUAUCGUUGGUGGUGGCCGCUGUCUGCCCUCCAAGACUUCUCUUUUUCUCCUCUCCACCAAGCGAGCGAAGGAGAGAGAGAGAAGGAAAGGAACCGACGAAGGAAGGAAGGAAGGAAGGCGGAGCGCCCUUGGUUCGGCUUCGAUUCCUUCGCCCAUGAUGGAAGGGGAUCUGAGUCCAUCGUGGGACAGCGAUGAUGAGUUCGAAAAAUUCAUCCGAAGGAUGAACCCUCCAAGGGUCGUGAUUGACAAUGAAUCCUGCGCUAAUGCAACAGUUGUUCGGGUUGACAGUGCAAAUAAGUAUGGAAUUCUUUUAGAAGUAGUUCAGGUCCUUACUGAUCUGAAUCUUAUCACCAAGAAAGCUUAUAUAUCCUCUGAUGGUGGAUGGUUCAUGGAUGUUUUUAAUGUGACGGAUCGGGAUGGAAAGAAAAUAAGGGAAGAAAGUAAGCUGGAUGAAAUAGGGAAUUAUAUACGUAAGUCCUUGGGGGCAGAUUCUGCUUUUGUUCCCUCAUGCAGGAGAUCGGUGGGUGUAGCACCUUCCUCGGAUUACACGGUAAUCGAGUUAACAGGGACUGAUAGACCUGGUUUGCUCUCUGAAGUGAGUGCGGUGCUCACGAGCCUGAAGUGCAAUGUGGUGAAUGCGGAGGUGUGGACACACAAUACUAGAGCGGCAUCGGUGAUGCAAGUGACCGAUGAGGAGACAGGUUUGGCUAUCAUUGAUCCAGAAAGGCUUUCUAGAAUCAAGGAGCUUCUCUGCAAUGUGCUUAAAGGGAACAACAUUACCCGAGGAGCCAAGACAGCAGUUUCUAUGGGGGUCACCCACACAGAUCGAAGGCUCCAUCAGAUGAUGUUUGCUGAUCGAGAUUAUGAGAGGUCUGAUAAGGAUACUGCGAAUGAAAGCCAUAGGCCAAAUGUGACCGUCGUCAAUUGGUUUGAUAAGGAUUAUUCUGUGGUGACCAUUCGGUGUAAGGAUAGGCCAAAGCUUCUUUUCGACACAGUUUGCACCCUGACGGAUAUGCAGUAUGUGGUUUUCCAUGGUAAUGUUGAUGCUGAGGGCCCAGAAGCUUAUCAGGAAUAUUAUAUCCGGCAUAUAGAUGGGUCACCUGUUAACUCAGAAGCUGAGAGACAGCGUGUGAUCCAGUGUCUCGAAGCAGCUAUUGAGAGAAGAGUGUCUGAGGGUCUAAAGCUGGAGUUAUGUACAAGUGAUAGAGUAGGUUUGCUAUCAGAUGUUACUCGCAUCUUCCGUGAAAAUGGCCUAACUGUCAUAAGGGCAGAAGUAUCGACACAAGGAGGAAAAGCCAUCAACACUUUCUACGUCCGUGAUGCUGCUGGUAAUUCAGUCGAUGCCAAGACCUUAGAAGCUAUUCGGCAGGCGAUAGGCCUAACUGUACUACAAGUGAAGGGCCACAUGGAUCAGUCCGAAUCUCCUCCUCAGGAUUCUCCUACCAGAUUUCUCUUUGGUGGUCUCUUCAAGUCCAAAUCUCUUUAUAACUUUGGAUUGGUCAGGCCUUACUCCUAGAAUUUCCUGGUCCAGUUGUGUACAUAAGGUUUCGCCAAAAUAAUAUCCGACAACAUACAGCCACUCUGCCAAAGGUAGGGAACCCAUGGUAAAGUGAACUCGCAGUACUGAUUUGCCCGUCCACCAUUUGUUUAACAGGGACUUCUCUCCCUUGGAUUUGGAAUAGAAAAGAAACUUGAAAACCUGUACAGAAUCUCUCCUCUGUAACCAUAUAAACGAUGGUCAAUCUAUCCAUAUGUUGUAAAUAUGAAUGUGAAUAUGAUUCUACACUAUAAAGUGCAGUGAUUCCAAAAUGGAUUUCUAUU